AUGCGGUGUGGGGGCCCCGGGGGCCAACAGCAGCCCCACCAGCCCCAACCGCCGCACGUCUUCCACCUGAAGUGCUUCAUGUGCAGCAAAUGCAUGGCGCCCUUGGUACCCGGCGACAGGUACUACAUGCUCAGCGGGAGUUUGGUGUGCGAGCAGGACUGGCACAAGUUACUGAAGAGUACGGCAGCCGCUCAACAGCCUCCAGUCAGGAAAGGGAAGGUGGGGAGGCCCAGGAGGAGUCGCGAUUGA